AUUCCCCUCUGCCAGGCCAGUGGGGUGUGAACGACACCAUCUUCUUCACCACCUACCUGAACAACUCCUGCAAAGCUGAUCUGGGGUUACUGGAGCUAAAGAAAACCUCUGACUUCGGCAAGACCUUCAAGGUCAUCGGCACCAAGAUUUACUCCUUCGGGCUGGGAGGACGCUUUCUUUUUGCCUCCGUUAUGACAGAGAAGGGUACCACGAGGCGCAUUCACGUCUCCCUCGACCAGGGCGAGACCUGGAACAUGGCCCAGCUCCCCUCUGUCGGGCAUGAGCAAUUUUACUCCAUCCUGGCCGCUAAUGACGACCUGGUGUUCAUGCACGUGGACGAGCCGGGCGACACGGGUUUUGGCACCAUCUACACCUCCGACGACCGCGGCAUCGUCUACUCCAAGUCCUUGGAGCGGCACCUCUAUACCACCACAGGCGGGGAGACCGACUUCACCAACGUCACCUCACUGCGGGGCAUCUACAUCACCAGUGUCCUCUCCGAAGACAACUCCAUCCAGUCCGUCAUCACUUUUGACCGUGGCGGGGAGUGGGUGCCGCUACGGAAACCCAAAAACACCACCUGUGACUCCACAGCCAGGAGCAAGGAAGAGGUGGGUCUGUCCCCACCCUGGGGGGGGUCCCGGUGCCAUUCCCCUGGGUACCCUCUGUCCUGGUUCUGCCAAGGGGAUGCUCAGGGGUGAGUGAAUCCAUCCUGC